GGGGUGGAAGCGCCGCCACCAUUAUCCGUCCCCGCUCCGAAAGUCGCUUCCCCGCCUCCCUGCCGGAGCCGGAGCCGGAGCCCGGGCGGCGGCGGGGCGCGGAGCGCCGGAGGAAGUGCGGGGUGAAAAAGAAAGAGAAACAGGCGGGCAGGGCUCGCCCGGCCGCGGCGGAGCGGCCAUCUCGGCUGGGAGCGGGGCCGCAUCCAUGGAGUUACCGGGCGGGUGCUCCUGAGGAGGGCCCGGGCGGCGCGGCCCCGGCAAUGACACCGGAUUGAGCCGCCGAGGGGGCUCUCCCGGCUGGGGACUGCGGGAGCAUCCCCCGCCCCCGCCUCCUCCCGCCCGUCACCCCAGAGACCGGCUCAACUCCGGGCGGACACUCUCCCGGCCAAGAUGGAAGAAAAACGACGCAAGUACUCCAUCAGCAGUGAUAACUCAGACACCACUGACAGUCACACCACAUCCACCUCCAGAUGCUCCAAAAUUCCGAAUACCAAAUCCCCCUGGUCACGGCAGAAGGAGAAGAAGCCCUCUGAGGUUUUCCGCACGGAUCUGAUAACAGCCAUGAAGAUCCCUGACUCCUUCCAGCUGAGCCCUGACGAGUACUACGUCCUGGCUGAUCCCUGGAGGCAGGAGUGGGAGAAGGGUGUCCAGGUGCCGGCAAGUGCCGAGGCCAUCCCUGAGCCUGUGGUCAGGAUCAUCCCCCAGCUGGAGAGCUCCCUUUCCCAGGUUUCACCGAGCAGCCUGCCUGGCUCUGAGAUCUCGGAAGCCACAAGGACUUACUUGCAAGGAAUGAGCCGCUAUGACCUGGACGAGCUCGAUGCCUGCUGGUUGGAGCUUGUUAACAUGGAGCUCAAGGAGAUGGAAAAGCCUGAGCUGGACGAGAUCACCCUGGAGCGAGUGCUGGAGGAGCUGGAGACCAUGUGCUACGAGAACAUGAACAUCGCCAUCGAGACCGAGGAGGGCCUGGGCAUCGAGUACGACGAGGACGUGGUGUGCGACGUGUGCCGCUCGCCCGAGGGGGAGGACGGCAACGAGAUGGUGUUUUGUGACAAGUGCAACGUCUGCGUGCACCAGGCGUGCUACGGCAUCCUGAAGGUCCCCAUCGGGAGCUGGCUGUGCCGGACCUGUGCCCUGGGAGUUCAGCCCAAGUGUCUGCUGUGCCCCAAGAGAGGGGGAGCGCUGAAGCCCACGCGGAGCGGGACGAAAUGGGUCCACGUUAGCUGUGCCUUAUGGAUUCCUGAAGUUAGCAUUGGAUGUCCUGAAAAAAUGGAACCCAUUACGAAGAUCUCACAUAUCCCAGCAAGCAGAUGGGCUUUGUCCUGCAGCCUCUGCAAGGAGUGCACUGGGACAUGCAUUCAGUGCUCCAUGCCCGCCUGCGUCACCGCGUUCCACGUCACCUGCGCCUUCGACCACAACCUGGACAUGCGGACCAUCCUGGCAGACAACGACGAGGUGAAGUUCAAGUCCUUCUGCCUCGAGCACAGCACCGGUGCCACCAAGCUGCCCGAGGAGGCACGGACAGAGCCCGACCAAGCCCAGCUGGACUUGGAGAAGGUGACGCUGCGGAAGCAGAAGCUCCAGCAGCUGGAGGAGGACUUCUACGAACUCGUGAAGCCCUCGGAGGUGGCGGAGAACCUCGACCUGAGCGAAUCGCUGGUGGAUUUUGUCUACCAGUACUGGAAGCUAAAGAGGAAAGCAAAUUCCAACAAACCGCUGCUGACACCAAAAACGGACGAAGUGGACAACUUGGCUCAGCAGGAGCAGGAUGUUCUCUACCGACGCCUAAAGCUCUUCAUGCACCUCAGGCAAGACCUGGAGAGGGUAAGAAAUCUCUGUUACAUGGUGACGAGACGGGAGAAAAUGAAACACACCAUUUGUAAACUGCAGGAGCAGAUCUUCCAUCUCCAGAUGAAGCUCAUUGAGAAGGAGCUUUACCCAGAACAAACUGGGAAGAGGACAAAGGGUAAGAAAAGUGACCCGAGAAGGAAAGGAAGAGAUGGUAGAAAAAAUAGCCCUGAGAAGACAGAGAAAAGGAAAUCAGUCAACGAAACUGUAUUGGGACAACUGGGCUUGUCAACCUCCUUCCCCAUCGACGGGACCUUCUUCAACAGCUGGCUGGCGCAGUCGGUGCAGAUCACCGCGGAGAACAUGGCCAUGAGCGAGUGGUCCCUCAACAACGCCCACCACGAGGACAGCACCCCCGGCCUCUCCGAGGAGCUCCUCCAGGACGAGGAGACCUUGCUGAGCUUCAUGAUGGACCAUUCCCUCAGGUCCCCGUUCAGGCAGAGCGAGGCCACAAAGAAAGUGAAAAGCAGAACGAGAACGAACACUAAGAAAAAGCUGCCGAGGAGCAGCCCCCCCGCCGUGGGCGGGGGCCACCCGGAGGGCUCGGAGCCCUGGACUAACAACGCCAGCAGCUUGUCGGAUGAUCCCGCCAAGCCCUUCGCUCUGGAUUCCAGGCCGAGCAAGUCGGAGAAAGGGGCGGCGAAGCUUCCCAGCGACCGCAGAGGGACGGGCGAGGCCAAAAGGGCGGCCAAGAAGGGCUCUCUCCAGAAAGCCAGCGAGCCUCACCCCCCUGCCGGGACACGGGGCUGCGUCAGCAGGGAGGACGAGGAGGAGGAGGAGGAGGAGGAGACGCCGCGCUGCGCUCAGCCCGAGCCCAGCCCCGCGGCCAAAGUGCCUGACUCCGUAGGUAGCCCCAAAACCAUCGUGCGGUUCAAAUUACCAAAGGAGAGCCGGGGGGCGCGGCGCUCGCAGCCCCCCAAGCCCGAGGGCGCCGGCGGAGCUCCCCUGCGUCGCUUCGACGCCGACACGGACGGCUACUUCUCCGACGCCGAGAUGAGCGACUCGGACGGGGAGCCCCGCGGCGGCCGGGCCCAGCGGGGCCAGCUGGACGCGGCCGGCGAGGACAUCGUCAGGAUGAGCAUCCUGGCGUCCUAACUCCUCCCGCCGCCGCGCCGGCCCCUCGAGGCCUCUUCAACCCAGUUCCAACUGCCAUGUCCCAUUUCUGCCCGGCGUCACGGCGAGGGGGGUUUUUAAUGUGUGUAUAUAGUUGGAAGUUCAGCACUGUUGUCCUUCUCUUCUCGAUACGCCUGAGAUACAGCUUCAGCUUCACCGCCAUCGAUGACUGUGACAGCAGUGGUCCCUCCCCGGCUCCCUGCCAGACCCCGCUCCCCAGGAACGCGAGCCGGCGCCCGGCGGGACCGAUGCCGAGGGUGCCCGGAGGGUGGAGGGUGCCGGUACCUGUGCUUUCUGCAGGGGAUGACAGUUCAAUUAACGGGCAUUAUUUAAUGAGGGGCGGGUUCCUGCCCGGGACGGUUGCCCUCAGAGCAGGGAGCGAGCAGAGGGUCCGGCAGUGACCAGCUGUGGGAGGGGAAAUUCCCGCCCGUGUGUGCGCGGAGACGAGGAAGCAAAAUAAGCGAUACUAAAAUAAUUAAUGACUAAAGCACAAAAAAGCUUGUUGGAGGAAAACGCUUGGGGUGGAGGAGAGCGAUGUUGCAUUUCUAGUUUUAGGAAAAAACACCCCUCGGUCUUUAUUUUUCCCCUCACCUUUCCAUCUGGUUGGGAUCCGUCCAGGGGCCAGGAUGCAAAAUUUCCCCCCUUGCCCUUGCUGAGGUCGUUAGGAAAACUGAAGUGAUUUACUCAGGUGAAUGGAUCAGCUGGCAGCAAGCUGGAAAAUGGAAGCGUGGGGCAGGGUGGAGGAGAAAAGCAUCCUUUAAAACCACCGUGGAGAGUCAGGGUUGGUGUCACCUGCGAAGUUGAGUGAUUUUUUUCUGCCUGUGGUCCCACCACACCAGGCCGGCACGUUUGCAGUCCCCUUUGCACACCAAAACGAUGGCCCCGAGGCCAAACGUGCCAUCACCGAGGGGAAAAGGCAACCCUUGGCAUCACCGUUGUGUUUUCCUACCAAACGCUACAGUGGAAAUGGUGAAUUUAUUCCUCUCCAUCCUUUGGGUUUGUUUUUUUUUUUUUUUUUUUAAUUCCUUAAAUCCUGGUUACAAGCUGUUGACUCGUUGUGGAGGGGUGAUUCACAGAAGCUGACAUUAUAAAUAUUACAAUAAUUUAAUGCAUAAAAUGUCCCCAAUAAGCCUUAAAUGUUGUUUAAAAGCCCAUGUUACCUAUAAGUCAGGCGAAUUUCCAUGUUUGCACUUAAUUGCACCAUUACUUCGGUUUUGGCUUCAAAGGUCACAGUUAAGUCAUGCUACGUGUUUUAUUGGAGUGACCCCAGUGUGAGCUCAGGGAACAAAAAAAAAAAAAAAAGGAAUUCACUGAAACUUUUGUUGUUGUUGUUUUUUAAAAAUAAAAAAUGUAAAAAAAAAAAACUAAAAAAAAAAAAAAUCACAAACAAAACCAACCCAAACCUGGGACACUUCUGCAACCGGUUAAACCCAUCACUAAACAAACAAACCUUGCAAUUGUCAAACCAAUCAGUCAAAGAAUUUUGUGGAUGCCAAAGAAAUAUUUUGACAGUCAAGCAGCACAGCCAGAAACCGGAAACUUGUCACUAUGAAAAAAAUAAAAAUUGGAAGUUAUUUUAGCAACCAAGGACUAAAGACACACUCAUACCACACUGCUGCGGCGUUAGGUUCCAAGCUUGCUCCGAGGGAUGCUGCUGCUCCGAGACCGCAUCCUGCCGUUUUGGUUUCUGAUGCUUUUUUGCUCAUUUCACUGUGAGCUUUCUUUUUGAAACUCUGAGACUCUUUUUCGAUCGGUGUUUUAGAGUAGAUCAUCUUUUAUCAGCCUUCCAAAGUCCUUAUGAUUGGUCAAACUGCAGCCCAGCUGAUCCCAGGCACGGCGAGCGGAGCGGCGCGGGGGCUCCGGGUGGGAUUGCCCAGCCCUGCCCACACCAAAACGCUCCCCCCGGCUGAGACUGACCGUGCCUGGGGAGGGAUCUUCCUCAGGUGGGAAAAAUGCGACACAAGUUAUUAGUGGGGGGAAAACAGGGGAAAAAAAAAUAAAAAAAGGAAAACAAACAAACAAACAAAAAAAAAACCACGGCAAAAAACCAACAAAACGGGAACCACCUUUGUUAUAAAUUAGCAUAAUCCACUGAGGUUGGAAAUGAAAAUCUGCUCAUUAAUUAAGGCUCAGUAUGUUCGGAUAAUGUUAAAUACAGUAAAUAGGACUUAGUUUAUCUUAUCAGGCUUGCUAGCUUUAGCUCCAGUAUCCUAGUAUAAGAGUCAUAACAAUAAUCAAUAUGCUGCCUUUUAAUGAAUCUUGCUUCCGUGUGCUUCACUCAAUUAUGGUUAAAAAAAAAAAGCAAUCCACAAAUUUCGCUGUACACAGCUCCAUUCAUCAGCUUC